CGAACAUUCAGGACGUGAUGCACCACAAUGGACAAGAGCACUUUACGGGACGCACAGAUGAAUAGAAUUUGUUGCUGUUGACUGGAAACAGCAAUAAAAUGCUGCCUUGGAAGAAGAAUAAGUUCGACCUGAUUGAGGAAGAUAAGCAGUCCAAACAGAAGGGCUAUGCGGUGAGUCUCAACUAUUCUGCGCUCACCUCCUUCGCCAAGUCCUGCCCCGAGAGCGCACUCAACAGGGUGGGCAGCAUGUUCAAGUCAAAGAGGAAAAAGGUGAAGAUCACCAGCGAGGACCCUACUUACACGGUGCUCUACCUGGGGAAUGCCACUACCAUCCAGUCGAAAGGGGAUGGCUGCACGGACGUGGCGGUGAGCAAGAUCUGGGGCAAGAGCGAAAUGGGCAAGAAUGGCACCAAGAUGAGGCUGACCGUCAGCUCGCAGGGGAUCCGGAUGGUACAUGUGGACGAUAAGGCCAGGCGACCGGGACACUUGUACUUGCUGCACCGGAUAACAUACUGCGUCGCGGACCCAAGGCUACCCAAGAUUUUUGCUUGGAUUUACAGGCACGAGAUGAAGCACAAGGCCGUGAUGCUGCGCUGCCAUGCAGUGCUGGUGUCCAAGCCGGAAAAGGCGAAGGCUAUGGCACUGUUGCUGUACCAGACCUCAGCUACAGCCCUGGCCGAGUUCAAAAGGCUCAAACGGAGAGACGAUGCCAGGCACCAGCAGCAGCAGCUCAUAGGGGAACAAACCAUUCCGUUGGUUCCUCUACGGAAGCUUCUGAACGGACAGUGUUACUACAAACCCCCGGUGGAGCGCAGCCGGAGCGCGCCCAAGCUGGGCUCCAUCACGGAGGACUUGGUCGGGGAGGAGGAGGAGGAGAAGGCGAUGCACUUUGAAUGUGAAGACAUUCUGGACACGGACGAUGAUUGUGUUACAAACGGUAAACAGGAGUUGACUCAGAUUAUUAAUGACUUGGGGGAGAUGAGCAUAGGAAACGACGUGCAGACACUGAAAGCUGACCUCAGAGUCACCAGACUUCUUUCUGGAGAGAGCACAGGGAGUGAAUCUUCCAUAGAGAGCAACCAGGAGCCCCCUCUGCUCACUAAUGGGUUUGAAGAGUUAAAGGUGCAGGAAAUUGCCUGAAUAAUUAGGCAUUUCUGUGCGUCUCUGACUCAUUGUUUUGUUGAGCUGAUGUCUCCACAAGAAACAUUUCCUCUGUCGUCAACCUUGUGCUGGAGAGUGUUUUUCUAAUUUGUGCCUCCACUAAUACAAAGGAUUCAAAAAAGAUUCUCAAAUUAUCUGGGACAAUAACCAGCACAAGUUAGCUACAGAAUGGUAUUUUAGGAUUGUGUACACCCAUUAAAACAUGGAAAACAAGUGCAUGCCCAUUUGAGAGAUGGCUGGUUGAACCGACAAAAUCCCAGUGCGCCUUAACACGCACAGCACUAAUUCCAUCUCUUUUAUUUAAGAGGAUUUGUUGUAGCCUCGAGCUUGUUUACCUACCUUUUUUUCUCUCGUGGAAAUGGCAUUUUUCUGUUGAAAAAGGUCCCUCAUGAUAAAAAAAAAGAAACAUUCUGUUUUUAGAGCACGUUUCGUUUUUUUUCUGAAGUGGUUCAGUGUGUCUAAUUCGGCACCUGUUAAUGUUCCUGUCAGGGGCUUAUGUGACAGUCUAUUUCAAUUAUUUUAUUUUUGCACUGUUGUGGAAUUCAUUCAAGUAUUAUGUUGACUACCAUGUACAUAAUGUCUGUUGGUAUGUUGUCUGAAACAUAAAUGUCAUAUCUUUGCUGUGCAAAAGAAACAAUACCUUUAUGUAUUAAGAUGUAAAGUAAGAUGUUUUAAGUAUAAAUAUGUUAUUUUUUAAAGGAUAAAAAUGUGGUUUGUUAUGUGAACCUCAC